AUGUCUACCAAGGCAGGUCUAAGACCAUGGCUUUCCGCCACAAGAUGUAUGCGUAGAAGCCAGCUUUCGGUCCUACAAAAUAGACGAAAUGUAUUCACUUCCAGUGACCAACCGUUUCCUCUGCAGUCACCAGAUGAUUGGCAGUCGUUGCAAGACCGCCGGAUACGUUUCAAAAUGCUCGUCGAUCUAUUCAGCGAGCAUGGCUCUAAUGUGACGCGAGAUAACACCUUUCAACCCCACCACCAGUUGCACCGGCCUCUCGCUCCGUCAGAAGCAACGUUAUCCGCACUAAUAGCUGCUGGUGCACAUUUUGGGCACGCUAAAUCUUUGCUCAAUCCAAAUUUUAUGCCCUACGCGUACGGUGUUCGCGCUGGUAUCACCAUAAUUGACCUUGACUCGACCCUCCCACUGUUGCGGAGGGCUGCGAACCUCACCCGUGCUGUCGUUGCAAGGGAUGGCACAGUUGUCUUCGUGGGCACUCGUCCAGAUCUGCGUGCUGUUGUGCGCAAAGCCGCAGAGAGGAUUGGACCACAGGCUUUCCAUGUUGGCGAAAGAUGGCUGCCUGGCACACUUACGAACAAAUUGCAAUUGUUUGGGUCUGACGUCACAAGAGGGCAGCGUGUUACACCCGACCUGGUCAUCUUCCUAAAUCCUCUGGCUAAUAUCCAUGCCAUCCGCGAAUGCGCAAUACAGCAUAUUCCUACUAUCGGCAUUGUCGACUCGAACGUCGAUCCUCGCGUGGUCAUGUAUGCCAUUCCUGCAAAUGACGAGAGCCCUCGAGCAGCAGAGUUAAUUGCAGGUGUUCUCAGCAUAGCUGGCAGAGAAGGGAGAGCUUUGCGAGACAGAGAAGAGCAGAUUAAAGAGCUACGACAAUCUCGAUACAUGCGUGCUCAAGGACGAGGUACUACACGAUAUGUAGCUGACAGAGAUUAG